AUGUAUCUUACUAUUUACGGAACGUGUGUUUUGCAACUCUGUCGCCGCCGGCUGAUAAAAAGUCACAAAAAAGGGGUUAAACCUCAAGAAGGUCCUCGGAAGAAUAAUGUAUUGGAUAGGAAAUUAGUUGUUGAAACACCUUACGCUAAGGAUAUCAUAAAGUAUCACGCUACUUACCAUCAAAGCACUACUUGGCGUAAUUUCGUAAAUUCAGUUUUAGGCUUCGUUACACCGUGGAACAACAAAGGUUAUGAUGUAGCUAAAAUGUGGGCACCAAAGUUUAAUUACAUUGCUCCAGUGUGGUUACAUGUAAAAAGACAGAGUCCAAGUAUUUAUAUAAUUUCUGGCCUACAUGAUGUGGAUCAUGCGUGGAUGAAAGCGGUAAAACAAAAGGGUGUCUCAAGUAGUAUUAAAAUAUUACCAAGGUUACUAUUUGAAAACUGGCAACCAUCUGAUCUCAAAGCCUUCUUUAAAGAGCCAUCAUCACUCUCAGAACAGAAAGCUCUAAUUGAAGAAGUGAAGAAAACAUGUAAACAGUGGAACUUUGAUGGUAUAGUGUUAGAAAUGCUUUCGCAGAUUGGAAAGUAUGUGGAGAAAUCUGUGAAAUUCAUCCAACAGUUUGGCCUGGAAAUGAGUGAAGAUGAUUUGAAACUAAUUCUGGUGUACCCACCAUUCCGAGGUUAUCCAAGUGAUGAGUUUUUCGUAAAAGCGUACAACGAUGUUUAUCCUUACGUAGAGGCAAUUUCAGUCAUGACCUACGAUUUUUCAAGUCCACAAAAGCCAGGUCCAAAUGCACCAUUAUACUGGAUGAGACUAUGUCUAGAGAAGUUAAUUGAAAAUGAAGAAAAUCCAUCAAAGAGGUCUAAAAUAUUACUGGGAUUGAAUUUCUAUGGCAACUCCUAUACUGCCAAUGGUGGUGGACCUAUUGUAGGAACGGAAUAUAUUGAAUUAUUGAAAAAUGCCAAAAACAACCAGAUGUUAUCAUAUAAUAAUAAUACUGCUGAAAAUUAUAUAGAAAUUAGAACGUCGCAAGGAGCCAAAAAAGUAUUUUUCCCCACACUGUACUCUAUACAGAAGAGACUAGAUUUAGCCAAAGAAUUUGGAACGGGAAUUGCCAUCUGGGAGUUAGGUCAAGGACUGGAUUAUUUCUACGACUUAUUUUAA